CUCAGCUGAUCAAGAGUUAUAUAACUCUUAUUGGACAUAUACAACAUGGCACUCCGUCUGUUAGCCAAAUCCUGCAAUAAUUUAGUGCAGCAAAGUCAACGCACUGCUACAACAACAUGGACGCGCACACUGGCGCAUUAUCCCGUCAACGACGUUAUGUUUGGACUAGAUGAAGAAGGCCAGAAGUUAAGAGAAACUGCAUUUAAUUUCUUUCAAAAGGAAUUGGCCCCACAUGCAAAGGAAAUAGACAAGCUAGAUAACUUCAAGGAUCUGCGUGAGUUUUGGCGUAAAAUGGGUAAUCUGGGCUUUCUAGGCAUUACAGCGGAGCCUGAUUUUGGUGGUACUGGCGGUACAUACUUAGAUCACUGCAUCAUUAUGGAAGAAAUAUCACGUGCUGCUGGUGGCGUAGCUUUAUCUUAUGGCGCCCACUCCAAUCUGUGCAUCAAUCAACUGACCAAGAACGGAACUACAGCGCAGAAGGAAAAGUAUUUGCCUAAGCUAUGCAGUGGCGAGCAUAUGGGCGGCUUGGCCAUGUCUGAGCCUGGUGCUGGCUCUGAUGUUGUCUCCAUGAAGCUGCGUGCGGAGCGUAAAGGCGAUCACUAUGUGCUCAAUGGAACAAAAUUCUGGAUUACCAAUGGAUCCGACGCGGAUACCCUUAUUGUCUAUGCCAAGACUGCUGACAGUAAAACUCCAGCUAAGCACGGCAUUACAGCUUUUAUUGUGGAAACAAGCUGGGAAGGCUUUAGCGUUGCUCAGAAGUUGGACAAGUUGGGCAUGCGUGGUAGCAGCACCUGUGAGUUGGUUUUCCAGGAUGUCAAGGUACCCGUGGAGAAUGUGUUGGGCGAGGUUAACAAAGGUGUAUAUGUGCUAAUGUCGGGGCUAGACUUUGAGCGUCUAGUGUUGGCUGCUGGACCAGUGGGUCUCAUGCAGGCGGCCUGUGAUGUGUCCUUUGAUUAUGCGCAUCAACGCAAGCAGAUGAACAAGCUGAUUGGCGAGUUUCAACUUAUACAAGGCAAGAUGGCAGACAUGUACACUACGCUGAGUGCAUGCAGGAGUUACCUCUACACUGUGGCCAGAUCCUGUGAUAAUGGUGUGCGGAGCAGCAAGGACUGUGCUGGUGUUAUUUUAUAUUGCGCGGAGAAGGCAACUCAGGUGGCCUUGGAUGCCAUACAAAUCCUUGGUGGUAAUGGCUAUAUCAAUGAGAAUUCAACAGGUCGAAUUUUGCGUGACGCCAAACUGUAUGAGAUUGGUGCUGGCACUUCGGAAAUCCGUCGCUGGCUUAUUGGACGUCAACUAAAUCAGGAGUAUAAGUAAAUGGAAAAUGAGCGGAACAUGAUAAUGGACUUUGAACAGAACAGACUUAUUGCUGCAUUUAUAUUUUUAAAACUUAGUGUGAACUAUAUGUACCAUAUAAAAUUAUUUUAAAU